AUCGGAUCGUUUGUCUGUUUGCCUGCUGCUCUGUAGAACCUAUAAAUUACCAUUCUAAAAGGGGCAGUUUUGAAUAUUAUUUUGGAAGAAUGGUCUACAUAUGCACUAUUGUGGCUUUGCUCUGCCCUGUCUUGAUGUUGGGCGCUCCGUUGGAAAACCCGAAUCCCAAGUCCCAGGUCGAGUACAUAAGCAGCGACAAGAGAGUGGGAUCUGCCAAGGAAUACCCCAACAUUGUGCCCAUCACACGCCCGCCGGUCGUGACGCAAACCGCUCCUCCUCCUCCGCCAAAUUCCAAGAAUUUCGCAUAUAAUCCGAUGACGCAGACCUGGACACUGGUUGAGCCGGGCGAUCCGGUGCCCAACGAAGAGACUCUCGUUUGGAACCAGAGCAACGACAAAUGGCUUACUGGCUAAGCAUCCCAGCAAUUAGCGUGGCUAUUCCUUAAUCGUAAUGUGCUUUAAUUGUUAAUAGGAAUAAAACUAACACGGGACACGA